GCAAUCCUCCUUCCUUGUACGGCAUGAAGCACCGUAGCGACUUUCCACUGGCUCGACUGGCAGCGCCGAUUCUGGAGGCCGGGGGGGGGGAAGGCGCGAGCCGUUUUGUCUGUUUCGCAAGCACGCAAGCCCUUAUCAUGGACAAAGUCGCCUUUUCACCGACAAUCAGUCGACUGGUCUUCGGGCCUGUCCCACCCAACUGAGGCAAGAUUGACAAAUCACACACCAGACAGCCGGGAACCACUUGCCGUGUAU